AUGUCGUGCAAUCAGCUUCGUGAGUGGUACUCUCGGCACUGUCGAGGUGCUGCUGGUGCUGGUGCUGCUGGAGCUGCUGGAGGUGCUGCUGGUGCUGGUGCUGCUGGAGCUGCUGGAGGUGCUGCUGGUGCUGGUGCUGCUGGAGCUUCUGGAGGUGCUGCUGCUGCUGGAGCUGCUGGAGAUGCUGCUGGUGCUGGAGGUGCUUCUGGUGCUGGAGCUGCAGGAGGUGCUGGGGUUGCUUGA